AUGGCUCCCUCUCUUACCACCGAGACCGCAGUCCCUAUUGCACCAGGCCCCGGACGAGCGCCUUUGAAACUUAGUGGUGCUUUGGAUGCUUUUGAGUCCUUUGAUGUCACGCCAGUCAUUGGACGCGAGUUUCCCAAUGCAAGCCUGAAGGACUUCUUGUGUGCUCCGAACUCCGAUGAUCUGCUUCGAGAUCUUGCCAUUACCAUUUCCCAGCGAGGAGUUGUCUUCUUCCGCAAGCAGGAUGCUCUGACAGAUGACAUGCAAAAGGAAUUGGCUCAGCGACUUGGAGAGCUCUCGGGAAAGCCGAAGACUUCCGGACUACAUGUCCACCCGAUUGCUAACUCACGCCGAGAGCAAGGUGUCAAGGAUGACGAAAUCAGCGUGAUCAACUCACAGGAGGGCAAAAAGCUCUACAAAUCCCGCGUUACCCGCCACCAGACUGCCAGAAAGGAGUGGCAUAGCGACAUUACAUUUGAACCUAUUCCGAGCGACUAUACGAUCUUGCGUUUGACCGUUCUCCCAAGGACUGGCGGAGAUACUCUGUGGGCUUCGGGAUACGAGCUAUAUGACCGCCUUUCACCACCUUACCAGAAAUUCUUGGAAGGGUUGGAGGCAACCUUUUCGCAGCCUCAAUUCAAUCAGUUUGCGAAGGAUAGCGGAUUCGAGGUUUUCAAGGGCCCUCGCGGUGCCCCUGAGAAUAUCGGGGAAGAUCUGCGUGCUGAGCACCCAGUAAUCCGCACCAAUCCUGUCACAGGAUGGAAGAGUAUCUUCGCUAUUGGCACUCAUGUGGAGAAAAUCAACGGACUGAGCGAUGAAGAGAGCAAGCAUCUCACCGACUGGUUCGUAAACUUGAUCAUGGAGAAUCAUGAUCUGCAAGUGCGCCACCGCUGGCAAAACCCGAAUGAUCUCGCUGUCUGGGAUAACCGGUCCACAUAUCACGCUGCGACUUGGGACUACGAAGAUGUUGGUCCUCGGGCUGGCCACCGCGCUGUCAGUCUUGGAGAAGUGCCGUUUUACGACCCGAAGAGCACUGGAAGACGGGAAGCGCUGGAGAGAGAAGUACUUGAGAAAGGCAAAUAA